AGCCCGCGAGGUCCAUCUGGAAGGUGGGAGUAGUUGUUGCUGAGCGGGCUGAAAGAGAAACCGCGCCGCCGCCGACGCGCCGCGCAGCGCAACUCCGCGCAGCUCAGCGCAGCCCUGUCAAACACGCUACAGCGCAGCCAACAUGGCGGACUGGGACGAGGAGAACUUCCAGCUGGAGGAGCCCAUCAAAAAGGCGGUGGGGCUGGACAAAUGGGAAGGCGAGGACGAGGACGACGAAGUGAAGGACAACUGGGAUGAUGAUGAGGAUGAGAUAAAAAAGGUGGAAGUUAAACCAGUUUCAGAGCCAAAGGUAUCUGAAAAGAAAAAGCUUAGUGAGAAAAUUAAAGAGAGAGAAAGACGGCUAAGGAAAGAACAGGAAGAAAACAAGGUAGAGGAGCUGACGCUAGAAGAGCAACUAGCAGAGAAGUUAAGAGUGAAGAAGUUACAGGAGGAUGCAGACCUGGAGCUAGCAAAAGAUGCUUUUGGUGUUAACAGUACUGCAAGCAGUGUCACAGGAAUCGAUGCCAUGUGUCCAACCUCCAAAGAUGACUUCACAGAGUUUGAAAAAUUGCUGAAAGAGAAGAUAGGCCAGUUUGAAAAGUCUGUGCAUUAUUCAAAUUUCUUGGAUUCAUUGUUUCGGGAACUCUGUAUUUCAUUGGAAAUAGAGGACUUGAAGAAAAUCAGUACUUCCCUGACAGUCUUACUUAGUGAAAAACAGAAACAGGAAAAACAAAACAAAGGAAAGAAGAAGAAGAAAGGGGUCUUAGCUGGUGGUGGUUUGAAAGCGAAGAUGAGAGAUGACCUCGACUAUGCGGAGUUCGACGGGGGCUACGCCCAAGAUUAUGAGGACUUCAUGUGACAUUGGCUCUGUCGCGACUGCCCUUUUCCCCUCCGAACCCUCAGAAAUGCAGCUGUACCUUCUCAUGCUGUCCAGUGCCACCCUGGAAAACCUGAACUAUGUGUUGCCCCCAUGAUUUUGCUUCAGUGACCAGAGAGAGAGGGACUAUACCAAGGAGCAUCCAGUCUCCACCAACUCAAUGUUCAUACAUACGGAAAUGCCUUUUAUCUCCAUUUAGUGUCCGACACACUCUCACACACAUCAUUAACUUUUGGGUGACCCAGCUUCAGUGAGGAAAUACAUUUUAACUGCUGUUGUCUGUUUUGUAGGGCUCAUUUUCGAGAAGAAGAUGCUGCUCAUGUAAAAAUGGCAGAUGAGGCUUUUGCAGUAAGAAGUGUGGUGACAUAGAAACACAAGGGUCUAUGCAAACGUCUACCCAGAAUGUCUGUAAAUACUAUAGGUCUCUCACUUUACCUGGGGAUGGUUUUCCUACAGGAAAGUAUAUAGUAUCUAUAACUUUGGUUGCCAAAUACAGAUCAGUUAUUCCGUACAUUUCACCUUUAUCCUCAGUCAUAUUGUUGAUGCUUUGAAACUGAAGCUUCCUGUAAGCAACGGUUGGGAGUUUUCCGGAGUGCACAUGUAUUCACUAUGAGAUCAAAAGGAUAGACGAGUAAUAAACAAUACGUGACUUCAACCCUCACAGCUAUUUUCUGGAUACAUCUCUGGAAUAUCCUUGGAAAUCUGAAACGAAUACUGCUUAUAGGUAUUUUUUUGUGCAUGACAUAAAAAAAAAAGUUUACUAAUUUGAUUUCUACUAAUGCGGAGGAAGUAUGAGUCAGGCAAGUUGGUUGACUUGUUACAACUGGGGUCCUAAUCAUUGCUUCUGCAGGCUUGUAUCAAGUGUGAUGAGGAGCGGGGAGCUUAUGGGCUUCACCCCACGACAUCUUCAUAUGGGCUACAGUUGGAAGAGGGGCCUAUUUCUCCUCUUUUCUAGUAAUUGACUAGUUUCAAUGUUAAAAAAAGGAAAAUUGGGAUAGCCACAAUGUGAAAAAUACCAGCGUCUGCAGUGUUUUAUAUGCAUCUAAUUUAAUAAAUCACUGGUCAAAAUUAAUAA